UUCGCCUUGCAUCCCCGAUCAGCAUGGGUGACACCCUUGUGAUCCAAACUGGUGAUGUGGAGACAGGACAUCUGCUUACAGGCAGCCGCUUUGGUGUUGGUAGGAGCGACAUAACCCCAAUGAAUGAUGACUUCCGGAUGUACAUUGCAAAUGCUGAGCCUCAAACUGGCAAUUAUCCACUUCCCUUGGAGAUUAGUGGGGACAAUUCUCAUUUGGUUCGACCACUGGAGCAGCACUUGAGGUCGAAUUGCUUUGUUAAAUUGUUUGUGACCUCGGAAAUAUUAGGCAUGGUGUUUGAGAUUAUCUAUCAGGAGUCUCACAUAAUGGCCUACUUCUUCAUUUGGUUUGUUUGUGCCAUGAUUGCCAUGUAUGUGGCGCGCCUACUAGCUAUGAUAGAAGGCGGCAUGGCCAAUCGAGAGCAGUUUGCUGUUUACUUGAGAUGUUUCUCAUUCUUACUUCUUGAGCUGCUCCAGUAUUGGGGGAUCCAUCAGGGAAACUAUAUAACUGCUUUGAAGAUCAUCCUCAGGGUCACGGGUGCUAUUAUUGGUUGGUGGGUGGUGGGAGUACUUCAAUCAUACAUGGAUGCAUUCGGUAUGCAUCUGCCACUUCGCCGUCGUGAUGAUUAAACUGAUAGAUGGGGAGGCAGGUAGCAGGCAAUGAGGAACUAUACAAGGGAGUAAUACGAGUAAUUUGCCCCUCCCCAAUGACUCUGUUCUCAAUCUAUACAUUCGUCUUCUGAAGUUUUCGACUCUUGUCUUUAUUUAUAUAUAUAUUUUUUUUAUCAAAUGGGGGUAUACGACUCUUGUAGAUCACACUCAGAUGGGCACAUGUCUUAUGAACUCAAUCUUAUGAAUUGUUAUUAGGUGCUCAGCCCUCAUGGUCAGGAGUCAGGACUGCUUGUAAUAGUUUCUAAAAUGGGUGCUUUUUGGGUAUAUGUUCUUGUGUGAUUGAUAAGCUUAUUGAUAGCA